AUGCCUUCGCAACGCCCCUACUUCCUCUCCUCCUUCCUGGCCGCCUUCCGUCCCCAAGGCCCUACCUUGACUCCCACCACCCAACAUCAACAUCACCAACAACCAAACAAGCACACCCGCGACGCCACCGCCAACUCCUCAGUCCCCUCCGCCGCCGCCUCCUCCUCCACCCACCAGCAGACCGCAUCCAGUGUAGCCCUCCGUCCACCCCGUGGCAGCACCGCCAACUCGGUCAGUUCGCCCGCCGGAUCCAGUCAGGGCACCGCCAUCCCCAUCCCCGGGUCCUCGCGGCGCCGCGGCAGCGAUUCCAGCAGCGAGGGCUUCCGCGACGUCAUCGGUGCUGAAAAGUGGUACAUCGGUGGCCGUACCCCUGGUGGCGAGGAGAAGUUCUUCAAGCUCGGCGUCAUCCGUCGUGUGCGCAGUAAUGACGGCCUGAGCCUAGACCGCCUCAGUUUAUAG